GCGCCAUGCUAGAGGCAAGAAGAAGAAGGCGGGCAACGAGGCGGGCGAGGCGAGCGACCUGGCGCGGCGCCUCGAGGAGGCCGAAGCGCAGCUGCGUGAAGAAGCCAAGCUCAUCGACCGCCUCACGCGCGAGAACCAGAUCAAGCACGAGCAGCUCCAAGCGAUGGAAGUCGCGCUCGCCAACGAAAUUGAAAAGCACGAAGCGAUCGUGCAGGUGAUGAAGGACAAGGAAGUGACGCAGAAACAAGAGACGGACCACCUCAUCGAGGUGCUCAACGCCAAGCUCUGCGACUACCAAGUGCGCAUGGAAGCCUGCUGCACGCUCGAUACGGCCAACGCAACGCUGCGAUCGCGCGUCGACGAGCUCACCCACGUGGAAGAGAUCCACGCGAUGCGCCUCGACAUGUUCAACCACAAAAUGGCGCUGGAGCAGACCUUUCGGAAAUCGCUCCAAGAGCUCGAUGCGCAGUACCUCAAGAAGGCCUACAACGCCAUGGCCGAGGAAAGCAAGAAUGCGCUGGUCGCGAACGCCAAGCUCAAAGACGAACUUCAGAUGCAGAGCAUUGGCGUCGAGAAUCUCAUGCUCCGCUUCAAAGCCCAAGCCGACCAAUUCCACAAAAUGAAAGUCGAAAAUGAAAUUUUGGAAAAAGGCAGCUCGUUGCGGCUGAAAGAGAUUUCGAGUCUCAAGACGGCCCAACUAGCCGCGGACAAGAAGGCUGCAAAAGCCCUGCUUGAGCUGACGGAGAAGACGCACGAGACUACCAACCAAUUCACCAUGACGAUCGAGGUCCGUACAUCGCUAUCAAGAUCCUGCGAUUGA